AUGGACUUGAUUUUCGACAUUAACUUGGACCCAAAAAUCGACAUUUUUUUCUUCUUUUCGGCGCUUGUUCGUCCAGUUCGUCCACUGUGGAGGUAUUACUUCCCGAACACGAAAAGGCUGAUCUUUGUAGUGGACAGCAAUGAGAAUGACCGUGAUCAUGUUGUGGAAGCUAGAGACGAGUUUCACAGAAUUCUGAACCAAGAUGAGUUGAGAGAUGCUAUACUUGUAUUCUUUGUUAACAAGCAAGAUCUUCCAAACGCAUUGAACGCCGAUGAGAUAACUGACAAACGUGGGCUUUACUCUCUCCGUCAACGACACAGGUGCAUACAGAGCACAUGUGCCCAAGGGCUUUAUGAGGGACUUGAUUGGCUCUCCAACAACAUCGCAAACAGGCAUGCCAUGACGACGUGGCAGCUCCACAAUGCUUCUCAGCCCUCCAUGUUAAUUAUCCUUGCUUCACUAGACUAUUUACAUUACAUGCCACUCACAUAA